UCACUGCUCGCUGCCUCUCUCUCUCCACCUGUUAGUGCGGACCCCUUCACAUCCACCUGUUUGUGUAGGAAUCUGCUCCACUCCACAUUCAAAGACUCUAUGACGUUGCGGAGAGGAAAGAAGCUCAGCAUCUCCAUCCAGGAACACAUGGCCAUCGACGUUUGCCCCGGCCCCAUCAGACCCAUCCGUCAGAUCUCCGCCUACUUUCCCCGCCUGUCCCCCACCUCCCCCGGCCCCCUGUCCCCGAACCCCCCCACCUCCCCCCUGACCCUCAGCCCUGGCUCUGUGGCCUCGGGGAUGGGCGGGACCCACCUGCUGUCCCCCCUGCUGGCCCAUGGCCGGCCUGGGGGGGGCUGCUCUCUGUCGCUGACCAGCAGCGUGGACACGUCGGUGGAGAUAAACAGCGACGACAGCGACGACUGCACCGCUCUGGGAACGCUGGAGUUUGAGCUGAGGUACGAGCAGAGGUCCAGUGAGCUGCACUGCAGGCUGCUGCGCGCCAAGGGUCUGAAGCCGAUGGAUUUCAACGGUCUGUCCGACCCGUACGUCAAACUGCACCUGCUGCCCGGAGCCUGCAAGGCCAAUAAGCUGAAGACGAGGACGAUCCGUAAUUCUCUGAAUCCGGUCUGGAAUGAAACGCUCACUUACUCCGGGAUCACAGAAGAAGACAUGCACAGGAAGACGCUCAGGUUGACAGUGUGUGACGAGGAUAAGUUGACUCAUAAUGAGUUGAUCGGAGAGUCCCGGGUGCCUCUGAACGUGGUGAAACCCGACCAGACGAAACAUUUCCACACCUGCCUGGAGCACCCGCCUCCGCUCCCCUCUCCGACCACCAUGGGUGAAGCCCUUCGAGGAAUAUCCUGCUACUUAAGAGAGUGGGAGAACGAGCAGCUGCACAGCCUGGAGGAGCGAGGCCGUCUUCUUCUCUCUCUGCAGUUCGUGCCUCCGCUCAGUACGGACGAGCCAGAUGUGGACGGAGGUGAAGGGGAGGGGGGUGAGGGGCGUCGCAGCGGGGGUCUCUGUGUGGGCGUGAGGCGCUGCGCCCACCUGGCAGCCAUGGAUGUGAACGGGUUCUCUGACCCCUACGUCAAAAUAUACCUGAAGCCCGACAUACAGAAGAAAUCCAAGCACAAAACAGCUGUGAUGAAAAAAACCCUCAACCCUGAAUUCAACGAGGAGUUUUUCUACGAGAUCUCGCUGUCGGAGCUCUCCAACAAGUCGCUGGAGGUGACGGUGUGGGACUAUGACCUGGGACGCUCCAACGACUUCAUAGGUGGGGUGUGUCUGAGCGGACACUCGCAGGGCGACGGCCUCCGUCACUGGACCGACUGCCUGAAGAGUCCGGGCCGGAGGGUUGAGCGCUGGCACGUCCUGAGCAACGAGCUGCCCCGCACCCUCAGCCACGACUAACAUGGGGGGGACGGGGACGCUCUGCAGCAGCUUCACCACGGGAAGCCGCAGGAAAUGAGAGGAAGUGAUGGUGUGCCUUCAUUAAUGAGAAGAAGCUCCAUGAACAUCAGCAGCAGAUAUCACAGGGUCAGACACUGACGCACACGUUCGGAGAAACCACAGCUGCAGAAAUUCAAAUGCAUGUUUUGUUUAAGAAAAAGCUUUGAUUGAACUUUACAUUACAUUUCAUUGAGCCGACGCUUUUUCCAAAGCGACUUCAUAUAAAUGCAACCAAACAUGAAGAUACAAACCUAGAACAGCAAGAAUCCUGCAACAUUAGCUUCAAAUGAGCCAAACCGUUUUAAGAAGUACACUUCUUUUAUUAUAGUCCUUAUGUUCAUGGUGCAUUCAGGCUAUAGAGUGAUGCAGUGAUGAUGUAUUUUUGUAGGCUGACCCAAAAGUUGGCAUUGCAAAGGGUUCCCUAGACAUAGAGCAAUGGGAUUUUCCCAUCGGAUAUUGGUAUGUUGCUGAAAAUAAGUUCUGGGGCAAACACACAUUCAUGAUACUUAACACGUUUUGUUUAGCAUGAAAAUCUCCACAUUAACACCACUUUGUGAUUUUCAAAGCAUAAAUGCAAUCGGCAGAAGUAAAAAGCGAACGCUAGGCUGUUAACGAACAACGUCACGGUCGCCAUGCAGCGCAUCACUAAUGCUAAACUAAAGUCGGUCUCAUUACUGCUUGAGUAGGCUGAUUACUGAUGUAUUUUAUGUUGUAGAACAAAUCAUGAAAAACUCUUGUUUUAACCACAGACCUUAUUUCAGGCAUAUAACCACAAACACGUUAAAAUAACCGUUUACUCCGAGACAAGGGCACCAGUGGUAAAAUUACAUGUCUUCUCUGGGUUUGAGGACUCGUUUCUGCACCAUUCUAUAGCACCCAGAGUUUAUCAAAUCUGGUCAUUAAUUCUGCAAGUAAUCUGCCAAGUAACUGGGAUCAACAGUUAUUAAAUACAAGUGGUGGAGUAUAAAGUAGCAGACAAUUUAGAAUGUGUACUUAAGUAGGCUACAGUACUUCUGUACUAUUCCACCAGUUAAAAGAAGCAAUACUAUAUUGUAAAAAUACUCUGUUAAAAGUUAACAUCCUACAUUCAUAAUCUUACUAAAGUAAAAGUACUUGACUUCAAAAAAGACUAAAGCACAACCUUCUUUUUAGAACAACAUUCAUUAUAUUGUUGAUUGUAACUAUUGAUGCAUUAGUGUUCAUAACUUUAAAGGUUCCCGAUGUAAAAGGAGUAGCUUUAUUUUAUUCUUUUUACUAUGUAUACUGCUGUAUUGGCAUUUAAAAUACACUUAAAGUACAAAAAGUAAUAGUACUAAUGUGUAAUGGCCCAUUUCAGAAUCAUAAAUGUCAAAUUACUGGAUUAUAAUUGUUGAUGCAAUAAUGUGUGUUCUGUAUCACAGCUGACAUUCUUUUAGCAAAUUUGAAUUACUUUACAUACUGCUGCUGGAUAAUUUAUCUUAAUUAUAUUUUAAUGUUUAUUUACUAGUUUAUUAAAUGUUUGUAUUAGCUAAUAAUCUGAAUAUGUAAAGCAACUAAAGCUGUCAGUAUACAUGUAGUGGAGAAAAAGGUAUAAUAAUGGCUUCCAAAAUGAAGAGGAGUAGAAGUAUAAAGGAGCAUAAACAUACAAAUACUCAGGUAAAGUACCUCAAAAUUUUACUUAAUUACAAGACUUGUGUAAAUGUACUUUGGUACGUUCCACCACUUCCAAUAUAAUUUUUCUCUCUAUUCAAAUAGAUAUAUUUGAUAUAUAUUAUGUCAUGGCCAAAUAUCUAUUCAAAUAAUUAUAUUGUUCUUCCGGUUAUCACAAGCAGGAUUAUAAACAAUACAUUUUAUUUGGCAUUAUUUACAGCUACACUGCAGUGAAGGAAUGGCUUUAUAGUUCCACAUCCAUCCUCUGUCAUUUGUCAUUUUGUCACAUUAUGAAAAUGGCCCAAAAUCUUAUAUGAGGAAAUUUUUUAGGACUCUUUGGUGUCUUUGGGUGUAGAUGGCUCAUCUACUAGAAGCCAGGAUAAAUACCCAAGCACAAGUUAACCUAUAGAGCAAAUUCAAUUAACCAGUGUGCUAUUUAGUUAGCGAACGUCAGCUAUCUAGUGAACGUCAGCUAACUAGCUAACGUGUGAGCAUUAGCAGUCAUCUAUCUAUCUAUUUAUCCAUUUAUCUAUCCAGCGUCAGAGAACGUGAGCAAAUACUGAACAAGCAAGCUAAAGUUAGCUAUUUACUUUACAAGCUAGCUAUCUAACCAGUUAGCUAGCCUACAUGAACUACCCAUUGAACAAGCAAGCUAGCUAGUGAAUCUACUGUAAGCUACAGUAUCUUGCUAACUAUGCCAAAUUGGUGACUCUCAUAAAUGAAAUAAGAGUUAUUAUUUAACACCCUAUGAUAGAAUAGCAGUGCAGACCUGUGUACACCGUUUAGGUGUUAAAGUAAUUAUAGAAACAUUGUUCUCAUGCGCUUUUUGAAGCAGACCGGGAUGUUGGGAAAAGCUGAUAUUUUUUUUUUUUUUUUAAGUUUUCAGUUACACCUGUUUGAAAAGAUGGAGGGUCUUUAUGAUGCUAACAGUUAGGGAAUCUCACCUGUGUGUGUUUUUGUUUAAAUGUUCAACAAUAUAAAAAACGUACCACACACACAGUAAAUUCUUGAAAUUGAAUGUUCAUCGAGCCCCGCCUACUUCAUUUUCAAUAAUAAUAACAUAGGUAGAUUUACCAUUAAAACAUUGAUUAAUAUUUCAAACAAUGGUUCCUUAACUUUAGAUAGAAGUAGACAAUAGCAGCCAGCGACCUUCAAUUUUCCCGCCACAAAUGACAACUGACAAAUACAUGUAUACCAGCUGUCCUUAGCACGCUAAGCAAGCUAAUGCUAGCUCCAUGAAAAUGUUUUCCAACUGACUCCUUUUUUAAAUUGAACACUGUGAAAGAUAUAUAUGAUCUGUAUAAUGAGUACUAAGUAUAUGUUGAUGCUGAUACAUUUGUACUUUUAAAGUGGACCUAUCAUGCUAUAUUUGAAUAAUAUAGUGUAGGACCAUACCUAUAUAAGGCAUAUUUAUAC